GGGUGUUUGGAGUGUGCGUGGCAGGAGAGGCGGGGCCAAUGCUGCUCUGGUUUCUAGCGCCUGGCGCUGCAAGGAAUGCGGGCGGCGACUGCUUGCGCAAGUCAGCUUGCCUGGAAAAGGGCUUUGUGGCCGAAAGCGACUGGUUCCUUGCCACAAAGACUCCGCUGGGUUUGCGGUUCGGCGGCGGUCCCUGCGUAAGAUAGCCACUUCUCUCCGACGCUGCCGAAAGCAUUCUCCAAGUGCUGCCGGCUUUCAUCUCUUUGCAGGAGCCAUGCCUCGGGGACGGAAGAGUCGGCGCCGCCGGAACGCAAAGGCAGCAGAAGAGAAUCGCAACAAUCGCAAGAUCCAGGCCUCAGAGGCUUCUGAGACCCUGAUGGCGGCUUCCGUGGCCCCGAGCACACCCGAUGAAUACCUGAGCGGCCCGGAGGAAGACACAAGCACCCCGGAGAAGGCCUCCAGUACCCCCGCAGAAGCCUCGAGCACUGCCCUAGUGCAAAAGCCGGUUACCCGGAGCAAUUUUCAGGGUACCAAGAAAAGUCUCCUAAUGUCCAUAUUAGCUCUCAUCUUCAUCAUGGGCAACAGCGCAAAGGAGGCCCUGGUGUGGAAAGUGCUGGGCAAGUUAGGGAUGCAGCCUGGGAGGCAGCACAGUAUCUUUGGAGAUCCGAAGAAGGUCGUUACAGAAGAGUUUGUGCGCAGAGGGUAUCUGAUUUAUAAGCCAGUGCCCCGCAGCAGUCCAGUGGAAUAUGAGUUCUUCUGGGGCCCUCGAGCACACGUGGAAUCCAGCAAGCUGAAAGUCAUGCAUUUUGUGGCAAGAGUUCGGAACCGAUGCUCCAAAGACUGGCCAUGUAACUAUGACUGGGAUUCAGAUGAUGAUGCAGAGGUUGAGGCUAUUCUCAAUUCAGGUGCUAGGGGUUAUUCUGCUCCAUAGAGAGAGAGAGAGAGAGAGAGAGAGAGAGAGAGAGAGAGAGAGAGAGAGAGAGAUAUCCUAGGCAGACCCUUAGGAGUGGAAAAGAGAAUCCAAAGUACUCCAUGGAGUAGAUAGGCAGGAUCCUGAAUUCAAAAGGUGGUGGAGGGUGGGGAGGGCACUGUAUUUGGUAUUUGUGAUCAGUGCUAAUUGUUAAACUUUGAAGUAGUGUUUGCUAUAGACAUUGUACUCUUGUAUUCAUUUUAUAAUACUGUUGAUUAAGAAUCAGAAUAUGUUUAAAUAUAUACUUGAGGAGAAGUUUAUGUUAUUUUUUUCUUGUCGUUGACAUUUAGUAUUAACAGCUGUGCUAACCUUAUUAAAUGAAGUCCUUCUGUCAUGUUGUGUGAGGGAUAGAAAGUAGCACUGAGAGAGGCUGUUCUUGAAAGUUUGGCAUAACCAGUAAGUAGAAUGUGAGUGGAGGAAGACAACAGAUUUGUUUCUGUCUUUCCCUUGUGUUUGAUGUCCUGUAAUGAAACACAUUUGUGAAUGUGCUCACUGCACAACUAGUAUAAAUAAAAUCAUAGUAAACAGAAA